AUGGAUCUUCUCUUACCUACCUUCAUACUUAUUGUGAUCUUUCUACUUUACCAAUGGAGCAUGACCUUCAAAUUCCUCUGCAAGUUGGCCUUCCUCAGUGCCUGGGUUUUAUUCCUGUCUGUCUCAGUAUCCCCUUUGGUAGCUGUAUUCAUUGGACAAAGAGCGGAAAACAUGAAGUUGCUCUGUGCCUUCAUUCGUCCACUCAAAUAUAUCUACAAUGUCACAUUCACUGUGCAGGGCUCUGAGAAUUUGAAUAUCAAGCAGCCAUAUGUGAUUGUUUGCAACCAUCAGACAAAUUUUGAUCUUCUUGCAAUGGCGGAGAUCCUGCCAGAGCGCUGUGUACCAAUUGCCAAAAAAGAGCUGCUGUACUGGGGGCCUCUGGGCUUGUGUUGCUGGUUAUGCGACUUAGUUUUCAUUGACCGCAAGAAGAAGCACCAAGCCAGGGACACCAUAGAGCACCUUGCAGAGAGGAUGCAGCAUGAGGAUCUGAGGAUCUGGGUUUACCCAGAAGGCACCAGGAACCAAGUGGACACCAUGCUUCCCUUCAAGAGGGGGGCCUUUCACUUGGCUGUAAAGGCUCAGGUCCCCAUUGUCCCCAUUGUGAUAUCUUCUUAUAGGGACAGUUACAGUUUCAAGGAUAAGAGAUUCAAGCCAGGUAAUAUAAUCAUCCGGAUUUUGCCCAAGAUAGAAACACAAGGCCUUGACUUACAGGAUAUUUCUGCAUUGGUUGAGAGCACUCGCAGAAUGAUGCAAGACACUUUUAAUGACAUUUCUGGGAAGAUGUGUGGAGACAAGGAUGAGAGCAAUGAGUGCUCCUGAUCAUGGAAGCCUCAGAAGAAACACUGGUCAGGAUGGAAGCAAGACAAGAACAUUUCUCUCCCAAACAAGGCCAGGAAUCAAUUUUACCCUGAGUGGAAAAAGACUAGCACUACCUGGUUACCUAACUAUAAAAAAUACUACAUACAAUCUCUUCUUGAUCUCUUCU